AUGACAUUUGGUUAUGUCCGUCGCUCUAGAUCAGUAGAUUUUUAUAACGGAACACAAGAAAAGUAUUUGUCACGAUGGUCACGCGAAAAUACACCAAUGGAUUGUGUAGAUCGUUAUUGUCAUAAUGUACGGAGAUCAUUUACUCCUGUUCGUGAUAUUGCCGGAUAUGAAACAAUAAGAAAUGAUAGGCGUUCUCGAUCAGUAGACAGUUAUCGCUCUCCUUUGGCUAUUGUAACUGCACCUUACCAUGCAAAUAUAAACUAUUAUCAAGAGAAUCAACCAGUAAGAAAAUAUGAUAUCUUCCAAGCAAGAACUUGGUCAUACCCAAUUUACAAAUAUAUUUAUGGAAGAGACCAACAUUACACACGUCCUAGUAGUUAUACACGAGUUUAUGGACUCCAGUCUCUAUACACGCCAACAAUGCUGGCACCAGAAGCAAAGUUGCGAACGGAAAGACGCUCAUAUUCUGGCUAUAAUUAUGUAGCUGGAGAGCACAGCUUUAAUCUGUCGGCCAAACCAUGGUCACAAUCUAAUUAUCGAUUCUUACGUGUUUCCCACAUUUCUAGUGUUCCAUGGUACUUCCACGGAAAAGCAAAUAAUUUGAGACAUUAUAACAGCUACCGGCCGCCAGCCUAUACUCCACGACUUUCUACUUAUUGGAAAAGCUACUUCUGA